AUGGAACAAAGGACCGCCACUCACAUCCUGUUCGUCGGCGCAGGCGCCGUCGGCUGCUUUUAUGCGUCUCGCCUGCACCAUCCUGCCCAAAACAUACACGUCUCUUUGACGGCGCGGUCCAACUAUUCCGCGAUCGCCGAGUCUGGCGUUAGUCUACAGACACACACCUUUGGCAACUAUACGUUCUUGCCUCAUGCCGUCUUCCCCUCCGUUCAGGCUGCUAGCCCUGAAUCCAUGCCAUCACCGCAUAACCUCAAAGUGCCCCCGCCAGCCUCCGGAUGGGACUACAUUAUCGUGACAACGAAGGCUCUGCCCGAUAAGACGGACGAUGCGGCCAUGAUCGCACCUCUUGUUUCCCCAAAAUCAUGCAUAGUGUUGAUUCAGAACGGUGUCGGUGUCGAGGAUCCCUACCGCCAGAGAUUUCCGCACAAUCCCAUCAUCAGUGCUGUUACCAUUGUCAGCGCCGAGCAAAUCAAGCAGGGCACGAUUCGGCAGAACAGGUGGACUAGGAUGAGUCUUGGCCCGUAUGGCCAUGGGCUCAGCCGGGCACUGCGUGAUGGUGGUGGCCAGGACGAGUCGAGCCAACUUCUAUCACGUGCGACGAAGAGUAUGAACGACCUGACACGCUGGUGGACCGAGCUGGGGAACAUCCGCGAUGUUGAGCCGCAUACCGAGAUGGAGCUCCAAACAAUACGGUGGCACAAGCUGUGUAUUAAUGCCGCAUUCAAUCCCACAGCGGUCCUAUCUGGUGGCCGCGGUAAUGCCGACAUUGUGACCGACCCCGAGCUGCGGGAACACGUUGCUGGUAUCAUGCAAGAGAUCUGGGAUGCCGCGCCAAAAGUUCUAGGCAAGCCUUUCGACGAGAAUCAGGUGGCGACGCCGGCAAGGAUCAUUAGAAGCAAUGAGCGCAACAAGGGAUCAAAGCCAAGCAUGUUGCUGGACUGGGAGGCAGGCCGUCCAAUGGAGUUGGAAGUCAUCCUCGGCAAUCCUGUCAGAAUCGCUCGCGCGGCAGGCGUGCCCAUGCCUCGGCUCCAGAGCAUCUAUGCAAUCCUCAAAAGCAUGCAAACUGUUCGUGAGCAGCGUGCUGCAGUAGCUAAGAACACCAAACUGUAA